GCCGGCCAAUCAUUGCAGCCGCAGCCUCGACGGGACCGGGCUGCGCGGUGCAGGCUCCGCAGUGUGGGGAGUCAGAACACAGCGGGCCCCGCGUCCUGCCAGCUGGAGCCCAUCAAGGUCGUCUCCUCGGAGCGCCUGCCUGCUGCCCGGCCGGCGGCCAAGGAGGCGUAUGGCGCCCGGCAGCCCCCUCUCCGCCCUGCUGCUGCUGCUGCUCCCCCCGCCAGGUGAGAAGGGCGCGCGCUUCACCGAGGGGUCCCGGGCUAUGGCUGCUCGCCCCCUCGAGCCGGCUAAGUUGUGCUCUGCUCUGCUCUGCGCAGGCCUGGCCGAGCCCGAGACUACCAUCGACGGGCGGGCGCUGUCGUUCAGCAGCCUGCAGGAGGCGGAGAGACGGGCCUUCACCUGCCUUUCCGCGGCGCCCAGCCUGGCCUGGUACCUCAACGGCGAGCGGCAGGAGACCAGCGGUUCCGGUAGGUUCCUGGCCACGGGCGACGGCGGCAGUGGCAGUGGCAACGGCGGCGCCUUCGAGGAGAGCAGCAGCAGCACCUUCGUGGUGACAGCGAGGCGCCUGGAUCGCCAGCUCAACUGCUCCGCCACCGACCCGGCCACGGGCCACGUCUCCAACGCCUCUGUGCUCCUCAACGUGCAGUGUGAGCAGGUUUCCCGGGGCCGGUGGGUGGGUGAGCGACUGAUGGAUGCCCAGCCACUUCCAAGCUCAGCCCUGCAACCGGGGCUUCCUACCUCCCAUGAAUAUGGCGAGGUGUCACCUCCGCCUUAUCCUUCUGUCCCCCCCACCCCGCAACCCGCCUGCUUCAAGACAGCACUUUGCUGGCAUGCCUAGGGGUACACUGUCUGGUUUUGUGUCUCCCGAAAACAGUUAAACCAGAAAUCGUGAAGAUGGAUGCCCACUAUGAAGAGGCGAGGGAGCCGGGACUCCUCCUGGUGCUCUUUGUGUUGGUCCAAGCCAACCCCCCUGCCAACAUCACUUGGGUGGACCAGGAUGGGCAGGUGAUGGUGAACACCUCCAACUUCCUCAUUGUGGACACCAAAACCUACCCCUGGCUCACCAACCACACCGUGCAAGUGAAGCUCAGCAGCCGGGCCCAGAACUUCUCCUUCAGCGCCUCCAAUGAUGUGGGCAUCAUCAACUCCUCUAUUCCGCUGCCCGGUAGGGGUUGGGAUGUCACCGUCGGUUGGGGGUCCAGGUUGCAUGACGGGCCCAAUAAGUAAGUAACAAGUCCUCCCGUUUUCUGCUUGGGUCAGCCCCCACGGCAGUGAGUCCUUAGGGCAGCCUGCCCAAUAACUGGUCUCCUGUCUGAGAGUCUGGGGGAGAGGCUCUCCCUUCACCCCAUACCAGGCAAGGCCUCAGGGUGCAGAGCUGGAAGGUGGCAGACACUCUGAGAGCCCUGACAGGCAAUUCUGGUCUCCUCAGGUUUCCUGGACACCCGCAUUGAGCUCUCCCUUCUGGUGCUUGUGGUGGGGUGUGUGGCGGCCCUGGCAACUGUCCUAGCCCUUGGUGGUCUCAUCAGCUGUGCCAUCUAUCGGCAGGGCAAGAAGGCGGCAGGUAGGUGAAGGGGAAGCCAAGCAGGAUUCUGCCUCCCCCUGACAGGACUGGCCCUCCCCAAUUCUCUUUCUUCACCCUGCAGGACUUGCCCCACCGGCGCCGCUGCCUCUGAGGUAACCUUCCCAGCCGCAGGCUCCUCUUCUAGCGGGACUGAGUUUGGGGUAAAAAUGCUUUGCUUGCUCCCUGCCUUCCCCUGUCGUUGUUGUCUGUAUGGACACCGCACUGGGACCCUGGCAGUAAGAGAGCGGCCCAGUUUGCUAGGCACUAGCCACAAGGAGACCACAGUCUGGUCCUGGCGUCAAAGGAACCAAGUUGGAAGGGUGCCAGCCAGUCUUCACUGGAACAGCCCAGAGAACCAGGAGCAGGGUGGAGAAUCUGAAAGAAUGUGGUCUCAGAUCUGCCUUGGGGAAAGAGAUGAAGCCUAGUCCAAUGGGUUCUUCUGCUCUCACCACAGUGACUCCAACAACCUGAGGCCAAUGGCAGCACGGCUUCCCCGGGCAAAUAUGUCCCUCCCUUCCAACCUACAGCUCAAUGACCUCACCCCCGAGACCAAAGGUAGGGUGAAAAGGGGCCUGAAGGUCUCACCCUGGGGCUGGGAUGUAUUUGAGGGGGGUAGGCACUGAAAGGCCCCAGCCCCACACCACUUUCCUCUACAGCCAAGGUCAGGAUGGAAGGAGCUGCAGUGGAACAGGAGGAAGAGGCCCGCUCUGAGCCAGAGAACAACUUCGCCCUUGUAGAAAGAGGUAAGAAGCGAGGGCUGGGAGGUGGCUGUUCUCUACAGCUAGGGGUUCAGGUUGCCCUCUUUACUGAACGCCAGUUUUAUUUUGUUUUAAUGAGGCAAGUUUGGGCUAAGGGAAGCUGCACCAGAUAUUGGGCAGGUGCCCCCCCCCCAUAGAUGCUUUCUUCUGGGGAGGUAUCUGAAGAGCUGGGUCAGACAAAAGAACGACCAUUUAAAACAUUAUGUUUUGACUUAACUAGAAAAGAGAUCUUUAGCGCACGGUGACUAGAAAAUGAAAAUGGCAAAUUCCCUGAAAGGUUAUUAAGAAAGGAACUGAAAUCAAAACAGCCAGCAUUAUAGCAUCUCUAUAUACAAAUCCAUAAAUACAUAAAAAUAGAGCAUCCAUUUCUGCUCACCUCAUCUCAGAGAAGGUAAUUGAGGAGCUGGAAAAUGUUCAGAAGAUUAUUAAGGGCUGGAGUAGCUCUCUUAUGACAAAAAGUACAAAGUCAGGGGCUUUUUAGUCAAGAAGAUGAUGAGAGUUCAUAACAGAGGUGUACACAAGUAUGCCUGUUAUGACAAAAGUGGUGGGGUUAUUCAUAACAUGUUAGCCAAUGAAUCUGAUUAGCGGGAGCUUCAGGAUAGAGGUAAAGGCCAUUUUCAUACAACACAUAAUGAAUUAUCAAUUUAAAAUGUUUCCCUACCUAUGGGUUGUGAAGUCUGCAGGCUUUAUAAGCAAACACAAAAUAACCAUUGCUGGUAAUCCUUAACCAGUAUGAAGAAUAGCUCUUACAGCUUUUCUAUUUCUUGAUGUUUUAUAGUCCUGUGUUAACACUUCUAACAUCAGAAAGACUCGAGUCUUUCAUUUUUAACACUUGGGAACCACUCUGGUAGCAGAGAAGACUUUUAAGGCCCAAAAUUCAUGUGAUGUAAAUCAAGGGGUUGCCAUAUCACAUCAGUUUAGACUUGCACUUUGGGAUCCACUGCUUUAAAAAGAUAGCAAGUUUCUGAAGUCUUAUCAGUGGCAAUUCCUUGGAAUAGCUAAACGGAACUUUGGCAUUCAGAAGUAGCAUAUACCUCCAUAUACCAGGUUUUGGGCCAAAUGAUGACGGCUGUAGCCUUCUUCCCCAGUUAGACAGGAUGACCUUUUUGGCUGGAUUAUGCUCAUAGGGAGGGCCCUGAACCACCGGUUUUGAGUCUUGCAAAUGCUAUUUGGCUCUCCCCACACUCUGGCUUAUAAGACACUGCCUACACCCAUUCAGAUAUACAUACUCAGCCCUUUCUUAACAAAAAGGCCAAAGAAACUGAAAUCUGGCCUCUCAAACAGUAUGUGCUGGGGUUGCAUAUCUGUCAGUAGCCCAAUUCAGUUUCUCUGGCCCUGCAGGUUUUGGCCGAUACCCUAUGGUUGGAUACAUCUACAGAGCUUCCAGCAUGAGCAGUGACGAGAUCUGGCUGUGAGGGCUGUUGCUGCACCCACCAGCAGGUGUGAAGAGCAGCAGCGGAAGUCCUGAGGUGGCGGACUUCCAAGGCAGCUUGAACUGCAGGGAAGAGGCCUUGCACCUCUAAAGCAAGAUCCCAUGUGUGAGGCCCCAGUGCCUGAAAGAAGGAUAUUGAUGACUGUGGUCCAAGGAAGACCUGCAGCUGCCAAGGGCUGCCCCCACCCCACCCCACCCCAAGCUGCAGUAUAUCUCUAGGCCCACCAAGUGACUCGUGUUCCCCUGAAGAACGUCCCUCCCACUAUAGCCAUCGGUUGGCCCACUCCUCCUUCCUCUUCCCAACCUCAGGGAUGGCUCAAUCUGCAUGUGAUGGCUCUUCCUUGGCAUGAAGAGGCCCAGCCAGGCCACCGGGAAACUGGCAAGCCCCGGCGCUGCUGCUGCUGUCAACUGAGCUGAAGCAUGCUGCUUUGUAGCUUCUGCACUUUACAAAUAAAUGGCUGUGAUCAAA